CACAUGGGCCACAUCUCUCUCAUCGACACACACACGCACACAAUGGCUAGGUGUAGGGUUAGCGUCAGCUUCAUCCCCAGUUCCCCACCCCGCCCCUCAGCUCCUCGGCCAUCGCUCGCCGUCCUCGGCACCACCUCGCCGCCGCGCUGGUCCACCCGUGGUCCUCCACCGGCCGCUGCAGCCCCUGUACGCCGCCCGACGACCUCCUCCGCUGCCCUCCCUACCCCGACCAGGGGCACAACCGCGCAGCCGCGCCAGUCAGACCAGCCACCGCUGGAGGCCCAAGCAGCCACCAUCUCCACCUCGUCGGCCAGCACAUCUCUAGCAAUCGCUGCUCGCCGCUCCCACCAUCGGCUGUACGGCGACGCCCCUGAGCCCCUGCCUUCCCUAUCGCGCUAUGGACCCUUGCAUCAGCCAGAUCCGAGCACCUCCGGGUCCGCCUUCGCAUGUCUUCGGCACCUCCGCCAGAACCUCUUCGGCCCCAUGAUUUCAGGGAGUAUGGACCAUGUAUGGACAGAUGUGAUCCUUAACUGUCGUUGUUCUUGGCGUGUUGCUGCCAUUUUACUGGGUAGAAUCUAUGCACGGCCGAGACCUCAGUCUAUCCACUGUACGAGUGUUUAAUGAAUUUACUCUUCUCCAUGGCGCGUCCAUGAGGGCAGAAAUUUCAUGCUUCAAAUCUGCUUGGCGAGAACCUUUUCAGGCCUGGAGAUGUCCUUGUGAACUGGUCAGUGAUUUUCGGAAAGUGGAGCUGCAUUCAAGGUUUGAGAUAUAGUUUAUGUCGACUGGAUGAGUUGUUUGAUCUCUUUGCCCUGUUCUUCGAGAUGGGUUGCGAUGAAAACUCUUGGGGCCAUGAGCAACACUUGAGGCUCCUCUUCAUAAGCACAAAAGCUGCAGCAAGCAGAAAUUGGAGAGGUAAACCUAAUAGUGUUCAUUAUGAGCUAAUCUGGACCAUGUACAGAGUCCGCCACAGUUCAAACAAAAUCUCUGUACUGAAGGUGGUGUGGCGUUGAAGCUGUCAUGUCCUCGGCCAUGCCCGCCCAUUGAAAUCUCUGUUAUUUUCCUCUACUUGUAUUCCACCUUUUCGUUGCAAUUCAAUUUUGGGAUCAGCAGUAUCUAUGCAAUUAAUUUCAAACUUCGCAGGAUCUUUCAACAUGUCAGUUACACUCUAAUAAGUAUUCAUCUUUAAUUUCCUACCCUAUAGUGGGCAACACAGUUUGUUCUAUGUGCAUGAACACUGAUAAAUUAAUUUGUGUUAGUAUGUAGUGGUUCAAGGAUGCUAAAAUUUUGUACUAUAAUCUGUUUCCAGGUGCUUGAAACUUGCUUUUUUGUCGACCUAUAUUGCAACUUCUGCUGUAAUCAGCAUAGAAUUUUAUUGCUGCAUUACGGUGCUUUCCAUAGAACACACGACUUAUGUUGAUCAUGCAAUUGUGUUCUUUGUUUUUUCUGUUUUGUGCAGUUGAAGAGCUUUGUACAGAACCGGAGAUUAGGAGGAAUGGAAAUAUAAGAAACAAUUCAGGAAGAUUCCCUAGGGAAGCAAAAAUUGUUUCCUGGUCUGUGUAGGUCCAUUUAGGAAAUUAGAUGACUGUUGUAAUAUGAAUUUUACAUCCGUUCCAAGAAAAAGUGAUGUUUCUAUUUACAUCCAUUUUGGUGUGAUAAAUAUUGGUUCUGAAC